AUGUCAUCAUCAUUUCAAUCUCGUCCAUGGGAACGAGUGGGAAUGGACCUCUUUCAAUACAAAUCCAGAGUAUACAUAAUAGUGGUAGAUUACUACUCUCGAUGUGUGGAAAUAAAGAAACUAUCAACGUUAACAUCCGAGAGCGUGAUCACUUCACUGAAAGAGAUGUUCACUGAACAUGGAAUACCUGAGAUUGCAAUGUCUGAUAACGGACCACAAUUUAGCUCAGAAUUUUUCAGUCAGUUUGCAGCAAUAUAUAGAUUUGUCCACAUAACCAGUUCACCCAGAUAUCCACGAUCCAAUGGUGAAGCUGAAAGAGCAGUACAAACUGUCAAAGAUCUGCUCAAGAAAAAUGAAGAUCCAUACCUCGCUCUUCUCUCCUACAGAACCACACCACUACAAAAUAAUCUUGCGCCAAGUCAGCUACUGAUGGGAAGGCUACUACGCACACAACUACCAAUGCUCCCAAAUACUCUACAAGCACGACUUCGCAAUGAAGAUCUUGAGGAAGUAAAAGAGAGUGAAGACAUCUAA